CCUCCUGGUAUUCCACUGAAACAAGAGAAAGGACCUUCAUUCCUCAGUGUUUAUGAGGGAUUUAUGGACUGAUACUGCCUCCCCAGCCUCCACACCCACUCUCUACCCAAAAGGAGUGAGGGAGUUUAAAAAAGGGCCGGCCUUCCUAACGUUUACUGCAAGCUCAAGAAUGACUUAAAUCUCAGGGAGUCCCAGACUGAAGUUUAAUCAAGGCAAUGCUGCUGCUGCUGCUGCUAUGACUGUGAUGCAUAUGUGAUCUUCAGACUCUCAGCCAGGAUCCAACUCUUGGAAGACAACGCCGACCUUGAUACUCUGCACAUGGAACCAAGAUCUGAAAGAAGUAGCUCUCCUUCGUCCUGCACGCCACGUCUUUCUUGAUUUCUCCCGUUACCUCCAGGAGAGCAACGGUUUACAGAUUGCAGCGUUUUUGGAGACUUAAGCCAGCAGGACUGUGAGCCAUUUCAGGGAAGUCAUGCUCCCUUCUUUGCACUGGCUCCUACUGCUGUUGAGGCUUCAAGGUCUGUGGGCACAGUAUUAUGAUGAAGAAGAUGACGAAGAUGAGGUGGUAACCGUUAAGAGGAAGAACAAAGUGUUUUCAUCCAAUUCUUUAUCACAAAACGGCAAAAAUGCCGUUAAUGAGGACUGCAGUUUGGAGCUGGCCUUUCUCAUUGACAGCUCAGAAAGUGCCAAGGACAACCAUGCCCAGGAGAAACGCUUCGUCUCGGAUGUGAUCGACCGGCUGCAGGGGAUUCGGCUGCAGACCAGUCGCGGACUCAACUCUCGCGCCGCCCUACUGCAGUACAGCAGCCACGUGAUCGUAGAGCAGACCUUCAAACAGUGGAGGGGCAGUGAGGACUUCAAGGCCAGGAUCGCUCCCAUCGCGUACAUCGGCCAUGGCACCUACACCACCUACGCCAUCACCAACCUGACCAGAAUCUACCUGGAGGAGUCGGAUACCAGCAGCAUCAAGGUGGCCGUGCUGCUCUUUGACGGCGUGUCACACCCCAGGAACCCGGACAUAUUUUCAGCCGUGGCCGACGCCAAGAACCAGGGCGUCCGUUUCUUCACCAUAGGAAUCACACCCGAAGCCAAAGCGGCCAGCAAUAUUGCAAAGCUGCGUCUGAUCUCUAGUUCCCCAGCGUCCCGUUACCUUCACAAUCUGCAGGAUGUAGGCAUCGUGGACAAAGUCAUUAAGGAGAUUACAGCGCUGGCAGAUGAAGGGUGUCCUCUGGCCCAGAGCACGUGUGCAUGUGAGAAGGGUGAGAGGGGAUCGUCUGGCCCUGCUGGAAAAAAGGGUCGUUCUGGAGAUGAUGGACUUCCUGGUCCAAAGGGAACCAAGGGUGAAAGUGGGCUCGGUGGGCUUCCAGGUCGAGAAGGGGGAGAGGGAAAGCCAGGAUACAAAGGGGAGAAGGGGGAGCGUGGAGAGUGUGGCACACCUGGGAUUAAGGGAGACAGAGGUCCUGAAGGCGUUCUUGGUCCAAGAGGAAAUCGUGGACUUCAGGGUUUGCCUGGUCCCGCUGGUGAUAUAGGAUCUGAAGGACCGAUGGGCAAUAAAGGAGAACGGGGACUUCCUGGGCCACCUGGAAUCCAAGGGGAGACAGGGAUCGGCCUUCCGGGGCCCAAGGGGGAUGUGGGUUUCCCGGGGGGACCAGGGCCUCUCGGGCCUCCAGGACUUGGUGAACUUGGACCACCAGGACCUCAAGGGCCACAGGGAGUCACUGGAGAGAGAGGGCCGAUAGGGGAAGGCCUCCCUGGACCGAAGGGUGAACGAGGCUUGGAGGGGCCACGGGGGCUCAGAGGGCAGACGGGAGCUGGAAUCAAAGGAGACAAGGGGGAUUUUGGCCCUCCAGGUCUUCCAGGGCCCCUCGGCCGCCCAGGAGUAGGAAUACAAGGAGAGAAGGGCCAGGAGGGUCCAAGGGGGCCGCCAGGAACCAGGGGCCUGGUAGGAGAGGGCAUGCCUGGACCCAAGGGAGACCAAGGGUUGCCAGGUGAAGUCGGAGCGCCAGGAGAAAGAGGAGCUGGUGAUCCGGGAUCUAAGGGCGAGCCAGGAUCGACAGGAAUUUCGGGUUUGCCAGGGCUGCCGGGUGACGACGGAGCUCCGGGACAAAAGGGGGAGCCAGGACCCUUUGGCCUCAGGGGGUCGGAGGGGGCACCUGGGAUCGGGAUUCAGGGGGAAAAGGGUGACCAGGGCCAAAGAGGAAUAAGGGGCUUGUUAGGUCCUCCUGGCAUUGCUGGACCCUCAGGACCUAAGGGAGAACCAGGGGCACAAGGACGGUUAGGUGUUCCUGGUCCACCAGGACGCUUCAUCACCGGACCCAAGGGGGAUCUUGGCCCAUCUGGUCCUCCUGGUCCACUUGGGGAGACUGGCUAUGGACUUCCUGGUCCAAAGGGCGACCGAGGUGAUCCAGGCCCGCCGGGGCCAUUCGGCCCAAAAGGAGAGGGUUAUCCCGGGCCUAUGGGCCCACCUGGUCUGCCCGGGCUUUCAGGAGAACCUGGGCCAGAAGGACUGGGUUUCCCAGGACCAAAGGGAGACGUUGGAUUCAGAGGGUUGCCAGGUUUACCAGGACCUCCAGGCGAAGGUCUCCAAGGACCACCGGGAAACUCAGGGCGACCCGGUCCACCAGGACCAAAUGGGCCACAAGGACAAGGAGUUCAAGGGCCAAAAGGUGAACAGGGGUCUCAGGGUGUAACGGGGCCAAGAGGGAUACCUGGAGAGGGCUUUGCUGGAUCUAAGGGUGACCGAGGCUCGGCGGGGGAGAGGGGAGUCAAGGGAUUCAAAGGAGAGAUGGGAGACCCUGGAUCCUCAGGGGAGGCUGGCCGGCCAGGGGUCAAAGGUGAAGCAGGCCUCACUAGAGAGGACAUCAUUCUUAUGAUCAAAGAGAUCUGCGGAUGCGGGAUCAAGUGUAAGGAGAGGCCGAUGGAGCUGGUGUUUGUCGUUGACAGCUCAGAAAGUGUGGGCCCGGAGAACUACGAGAUCAUCAAGGACUUUGUGACGGCUCUGGUGGACCGGGUGACGGUGGGCCGCAACGCCACCAGGAUCGGUCUGAUCCUGUACAGCCUGGAGGUGAGGCUGGUGUUCAACCUGGCUCGCUACUCGUCCAAGGAGGAGAUCAAGCAGGCCAUCAGGAACAUCCCGUACCUGGGCGAGGGCACCUACACCGGGACGGCCAUCCGCAAAGCCACGCAGGAGGCCUUCUACAGCUCCCGCUCGGGGGUCAGCAAGGUGGCCAUCGUGAUCACGGACGGACAGACGGACCGACGGGAGCCUGUCAAGCUGGAUCUCGCUGUGCGGGAAGCACACGCCGCCAACAUCGAGAUGUUUGCCCUGGGGAUCGUGAACUCCUCGGAUCCAACGCAGGCCGAGUUCCUGAGAGAGCUGAACCUGAUCGCCUCCGACCCAGACAGCGAGCACAUGUUCCUCAUUGAUGACUUCAAUACUCUGCCAGCUCUGGAGUCUAAACUGGUCAGCCAGUUCUGCGAGGACGAGAAUGGAGCCCUGAUAUAUAACAGGAUAACUAACGGCUACAACGGCUACGGGAACAACGGCUACAAUGGCAACCGAGACAACAGGAUUGGCACCGGCAGCUACGGCAACGGUGGAUACAAGCCCGUGACUCAGCCGGACGCUAGGCGGACUGACUCCAACUCCGGCCGUGAGGGAAGCACCCAGCAGGGGGGAGGAGGGCAGCGACCAACCGACGAGGGAUAUGGCCGGGGGGACACGUUCACCCGUGGCAGCGCCGAGAGUGAACCUCCCCCUUCGGGCAGAGAGGACACCUCCACCGACAAAGGCUCGUCCUCAGGUGUAUCUGUAGUGAAUGUGCCUGCAACAAGGCCGGCUCUUCCCAAAGAGACCGUACCCUUGGACCCUCGCUGCACCUUGGCUCUGGACCAGGGCACGUGUCGUGACUAUAACAUCCGCUGGUACUACGACAAGCAGGCCAACGCCUGCGCCCAGUUCUGGUACGGAGGCUGCGACGGCAACAAGAACCGCUUCGACACGGAGGAGGAGUGCAAGAGGACGUGUGUGAUACAGAGAGCCACAGGAGUCUGAGCGGGCACGACCGUCCACAUCUGCUGUAAAUACUUCAAGGAGGAAGCAGCUAAAACCACAUGUCUCUUCACAAGAAUACAGAGUUUUUGCAUACAUCUCAGGCACACACACACACACACACACACACACACACACACACACACACACACACACCACUGUUUCACAGUUCAGGUGUAUGAGUCCCCUCCUCCUGGACGUCCGAUGAAACCUCCUCUGACCGCAGUGAGGGGAGGUUUGGGCACCUCCUGGACCAGAUUACCUCCAUCCAGACACAACAACCCCCCCGGGGUGUUACCAGUCGCUCCAGCAUUCCCAUCCCCGGUGUUUUCUUGUGAAACACGUGAAUACUGUGAGGAUCUCAACCAGAUGGACUCUCUGCACAGCUCGUCCCAGAAUAGCUCAGCUGAGAGGAUGUUUAUGUCUCCAUCAGCUGCAGCUGCGUGACUUACUGGAAUCAUUAUGUACAUGUGAAUGUUUAGAUUUACUGAGAGAAAAGUGUGAUUAUUUUCGAAUUUACGUUGUCUAACUCGUGCAACACUGAUGGACGGACAGAUGUACACACACACUGCCCUCUACUGGGCGGUGAGGUGCUCCGUCACUGACGACUGGACUGCUCUUUGUUUUCCUGUCAUGUUUUAACCAGCGUUCCCGUGUUUUACAUGAUGUCAAGCUUUUUAAUAAAUCUGACCUACCUAAACGAAUCCACAUGUUUAUGAUAGGAGGCUCUCUCUG